AUGACAAAAGAGUCGUUCACUUCAGAAUGGGAACCUGAAAAAGGAGGAUAUAAUGAAACAGAAGCUUCAGAGCAAUUACGUCACGUUGAGAGAAUCAUCGUUCACUCAAGUUACUAUUACGUCACAACAGUAAAUGAUAUAGCCCUGGUUAAAGUGGACACGCCUUUUAUCCUGAAUAGUGACGUCAGUACCGUCUGUCUACCGGACAGAGAACCUCAAGCUGGACAGUACGGAUUUGUUACGGGAUGGGGAGAGGUUUUAGGAACGUGUUGCCCGGAUGUUCUCAAGCAAGUCAUGUUACCUAUUGUCCCAAGAAGCGUUUGUAUUCAACCUGAUCACCUAGGAAACCAGGUGACUGACGAAAUGUUCUGUGCCGGAUAUGAACAGGGUGGUCAAGACGCUUGCCAGGGUGACAGUGGGGGACCUUUCGUUGUAAAAGAGGCAAAUGUUUGGCAUAUUCACGGAAUAACAUCAUUUGCGUCCCUUUGUGCAGCACCAAAAUCUCCAGGUGUUUAUACGAAAGUGUUCAGUUACAUCAGUUGGAUCAGAGAGAAGAUUGCAGCUAAUUUUUGAAAUGAAACUAGUUUACAUUGCAUAAACCAUUUUGACAUAAAUGUACUUAAUACUUUAUCUUAAUUAAAUUGCCCGCCCAAUCGGAACAUCUCGGCUAUUAUCGAUAAUAACCUCGGAGUUAAUGCGGAUUGAAAGUAGUUCUACCACGUGGUCUAGAUGUUUAAAAAACAGAGUGUCCAGUCAAUUGAUUUAUACGAUUGUACAUGUUUGACAUACAAAUUUCGAUUUUGCUAAAAUUAUGACUGAACAUAUGUCUGACAAUCACAAUCAAUUCAAAAAUGCCACUAAUGUACAAUUAUAAUCAAAUCCAAAUUAAUGUAAACAGGUAGACAUUUUGUACUUUAUGAUUCUUUAACCAUAAUAAUAAAUAUGUAAUGUGCUA